UCAGCCCUUUUGUCUCUGCUUUUCAUGUGAACAGUGCUGAAGCUGUGGCGCUGCCUGUCUGUGAUGGCGGACCGGGGUCUGAAGCAGGGCUUGCUGAAGCACACACAGCCUCACAGCGCGGCUUUUCAGCCUUGCUUUUGAUCCACCGCCGGAAAAAACAGCAGAUCCCCAGCCACUUAUUACCCUUGCUGGGUGACCAGAAUAACUAUCGGGAUCGGCCUUUUUUCGGUGCCUUCACCCUGUCGUGGGGAGAUUGAUCGCGAUCCAGACAGCGCGGACCGCAUGACCCGCAUCCUUUGGGAAGUCUGAAUGGACAACAGGAACACUCCCAAAUCCAGGGGCCCAGCCUCUCAGCGCCCUGCUGGCACCAUGUCUUCGCCGAUGACUCUCAAGUCUGAGCUCAACGAGGACUGUGACCUUCAGGAAGUGGUCUGGCAAGAUGAUAACAAAGACAGAAAGAACAACGACAAAGACAGCGACGGGAAGUUGCCAGCUGAGAUCUGUGUGGUGAUUGGGGGGCCGCGGAGCCCGCAGACCCUUGGGUCCUACGUGUGUGGAAUCUGUGGAAAGAAAUACAAGUACUACAACUGCUUUCAGACUCAUGUGCGGGCUCACCGAGAAACAGAAACGGGAGCAGGAGAGGGGAGUUCCCAAGGAGCAACCAAUAACUUCCGGUAUGCCUGCGACAUCUGUGGGAAGAAGUAUAAAUACUACAGCUGCUUCCAGGAGCACAGGGACCUGCAUGCAGUGGAUGAUCCCUACGACCAGGCUGUCAUUCCAGUGGACGAUCCCAAAGAGGAGGAAUCGACUGAACCUUUCCAAAAAAUCGGACCAAAAACCGGGAACUACAUUUGUGAAUUCUGUGGAAAACAGUACAAGUACUUUAACCCUUACCAGGAGCAUGUGGCUUUGCACGCACCCAUAAGUUGGUCCAUUGAGAUGCAAGCACCUCGUUCACGGCUGCGCCCUGCCAGCAGCAGCAAACGUGGCCCCCCACAAACAGAACACAGCCAAAUAGAAAGUGCUUUUUGCAGGAAAGCCGAAAGCAAAACACAAAACAGCGUGGAGGAAACGAACAGCUCCCAGAAUUCCAGUGGAGGAACUAGCCCCUUGAUUUCCAACCCCUUUCCUCUUCUACAAAAGCCAUACACAUGUGGUGCUUGUGGGAUUCAGUUCCAGUUUUACAACAACCUGCUGGAACACAUGCAGUCCCAUGCAGCGGACAAUGAAAACAGUGUGGUUGUUGAGCAGCUCAAAACAUCUCCUGCCCCAGCCCCUGCUCCAGCCCCUGCCCCUGCUCCAGCUCCAGCUACCAGCGAACAGCUAUGGAAAUCCCCACCCCAAAGAAACCACACCAUCAAGUCCAACGGCACUGUACCAGAGAAAGAACGGCAACAGAUUGCUGAGAGACUACUGAAAGUGAUGUACGCUGAUCUGGGAGCAGUGAGUGUCCUGAACACAAAAGACUUCAUGAAGUUAGCACAGACGCUGGUUGACAGUGGAGCACAGUAUGGUGCAUUCUCCAUCACAGAUGUUCUGGGUGACAUGAACAAGCUAGCCUUGAAGCACUUACCCAGAAUGUAUAACCAGGUGAAGGUAAAGGUGACCUGUGCCCUGGGCAGCAGCACCUGCCUGGGGAUCGGCGUCACGUGCCACUCCCAGGUGGUGGGUGCCGACUCCUGCUAUGUGCUCACCGCGUAUCAGGUGGAAGGAACCCAGAGGAAGCGCUAUGUCCUGGGGGUCAAGGAAGUGGACGUAAAGGAGUGUGGCGAGCAGGUCCAUCACUGGGUGCAGAACGUCCUCUCGGAGUUUGUGAUGUCCGAGAUCCGGACCAUUUACGUGACGGACUGCAAAGUGAGCUUGACCGCCUUCUUCAAGUCUGGGAUGUGCCUGGGCUGCUCAGCCUGUGCCUUAAACUGUGUGGUGCAAAGCGCGCUGAACAAGAGAACUCUGCAGGCCCGCAGCAUGCACGAGGUGAUAGACCUUCUGAACGUGUGCGAGGACAUGGCUGGAUCUGCUGGCUUCUCUAGAGAGACCUUUGGCUCCCUGGAAGAAGCAUCGCCACCACCUUGCUGGGACUCUGUCAACGAGUCUCUGCUGCUGGUGAACGAACGCUACGAGCAGAUCUGUGAGUUUUACAGCCGGGCCAAGAAGAUGAGCCACAUCCAGAACCUGAACAAGCAGCUGCUCAGCAACCUGGUGGCUAUCCUGGCCCCAGUAAAGCAGGCAGUGGUGGAGCUGAGCUGCGAACAGAAGCCCACGCUGCAGCUGGUGCUUCCCACCUACGUCAGACUGGAAAAACUCUUCACGGCCAAAGCCAACGACGUUGGUGCUGUAAGCAAGCUCUGCCACUUCUUCCUGGAGGCUCUUAAGGAGAACUUUAAAGUGGAGCGAGCACACAAAGUAGCUAUGAUUCUGGACCCCCAGCAGAAGCUGAGGCCGGUUCCUGCAUACCAACAUGAGGAGAUAAUCAGCAAGGUGUGCGAGAUGAUUACAGAGAUCCGAGAGAUGAGCGGAGAGGUCACUGAUAUGGAGCCUAGCACCAAGAAAGCUCGGCUGGCCAGCAGCAACAGUAAAGCUCAGGGAAGUGAUGAGAAGCAGGUCAAAAAAGAAGUUUACGACUAUUUGGCGGAACCUCUGUUCCAAGCAACUCCAGAUCUGUUCCAGUACUGGUCAUCAGUCACCCAGAAGUAUCCCAGACUAGCCAGGCUGGCUUUCUGGCUGCUGUCCGUGCCGGCGGUGGGUGCGAGGAGCGAGUCUGUCAGCAUGUGCGAGCAGGCGCUGUCAAUGAAGAGGAGGAGACAGGUGACACCAGAGGAAAUGAAUAAACUUAUUUUCUUGAAGUCAAACAUGCCUUGAACAGGUCACUAGGAAAAGUGAAGUUUUCAAAAUAAUAUUAAGAGGUGCUAAAUCUUAACUAAAGGCCAAGGACAGACACUCCAAUAGAAAUGUUCGACUUGCCUCGUGCUGGACAUUGUGAGAACAGCCUGCAACCACUAGUGCAAACGUGUGGAUAUCUUCUAGAGGAAAUGGCCAUAUGGACAGAGUUCUGUAUUGUACUGAUCAAACACUUCAAGCUUGGUAGGGUCACGGCUGCUGUCCUAUUUUAUAAAUCACAAGAAAACAGCAUCAGAAAUCCUACACACAUCUGAAACAUUUGAAAUGCUUUGAUUUAUUUAGAUUAAGUUGAUCAGCGUUCCCCUGGUGUGUGUUUUAUCUUCUCCCAAACAGUUUGCUUAUGUGUUUAUUUUAUUUUAAUAUUUCAUCGUAUUUUAGAACAGUAUUGUGUAGAAUGUCAUUCAACACUAUUUUUGAGAACAAAGCAUGUUAUAAUGGUUUAUGUGUAAAGCCACAUAUAUUUAACCAGCUCAUUCAAGCUCAUAGCAUUUUAAUAAAAAAAAUGGGUUUAGAUGCAAACCGAGAAGUGUAAAUUCAACCUAAACUAGCUUUACUAACAAAACCUGCUUGAGUCAUGAGAUCUGCCACUUGUAUAUAGAUAAUAAAUCAGCCAAAUACCUGUUUAACGCUCACAGUAGCUAUCUAUCUAACAAAGGCAAAUUCGCUUCAGGGUAGAGUUUAAAUACAGAUUGCAUUAAUCCGUAAGCAGUAUUCAAAUCAAAAUAAGUUGCCUAUUGUUGAAACAUUUGCACAUACAGGCAUCACAUGUCACAGCAGCAUUCAAACUUGCCCUUGUGUAAGUUUGUUUUGUUUUAAAUAUCAUUGUAUGUUUGGGUGUUGCUGUGAGUGCUGUAUCAGUAUUGAUAGCAGCUCUGCCCAGAGUAAGCAGGAAAGCAGCGUUGGUUUGUAAUGCAUUGUAUAUAGAACUAUUUUUGUGAGGGAAACGGAACAUAUUGGAUGUCAGACACUGAAUGUAUAGGAGGGUAAGCAUCUCCAUGCUGUGUAGAGUACUGUAUCCCUAAACUACCAGAGAACACUCAUUACAGCUGCUCCCUUGCAGUGCUGCUGGAGGGUCACAUUUAUUUUGACGCAAAUACAUUUUUUAAAUUUUUAUUCUUAAAGGGGUGGUGGAUGUUUUAUCUCCCAGAGGAUUACAAUUUCAAAAACAAAGGAAAUUUCAACACCAUUUUUUUCCCUUCUAAUUCACAAGGAGGCUGAAAAUCGGAGUGAAGGGGAUUAUAUACUGUGUAGACCCACCCCGGACACCCAGACUGGCACUGUGCUGGCAAUGGUGAAAUUGAUUUUCAUGACAGUGUUUCCAUUUGAAGAGAACAAAAUCACUGUGCCAUGAUUGCAGUAAAAAUCCUGUUCCAAUGAAACCUGUUGAAAGGGUUGUUUUUUGGACAUACUCUCUUGUGUGUGCUGCAUGGCUCUGUGUUGACAGACACCCCUCAAUGCAUUCACGGGGGGGGGGGGGGGGGGGGUAGCAGUUUUAAUAUUUUGUGUCACUGUUUCAAGCUCAGGUCCUAAGAAACCAAGAGGAGGAUAGGUGUUCACUUUCUCUGCCUGUUCUUCUGGGCAACUGCAAAGGGAAACUAACAGCAGACAAUAUGAUUCAAGUUCAUCUAGAAAUAAUUAGCCAGACAAAGCCUUUGUGGGGGGGUGGGGGGGACACGAUUAUAGCAGUGUUUGUAUUAAAAUGCAUGUAUUUUACCUUGCAGUGAAGCAGAAGCGUAACGUAGUUAUAUCUGACACUGUUACAUCUUGGAUGUCUCAAUAUUUGACAUGUGGAAAGGAUUGCAGUACAGUCAGCACUCGCAUAUCGCAUAUCUGACUACAAUUUUGACUUCAGCAACAGUUAAACGACUGUGACGAAUAUCUGAUUAUUUCAUCUGAUUUGAAGUGUAACCUGCCCCCUACCACCCAAACAACCCCCUGCCCUGCACACACACUUCGUACAAAGAACAAAUAUGACAUUCUUUAAUUGAAAUUUGUUAGCACACGAGUGGGAAUAACACGGCAGUAAAAGACAAAAACAUGUUUUUUCAAGGAACACAAAAAAAAUACAAAGCUGAAAGGACUGUUUUAAAAAAAAGUAGGCUUCCAUUUGGAUGUACUAUAGUUGGUUGUGUUGGCACAGUACUGUAUUUUCAACACAAGUAAUAUUUUAAUUCAGAACAAUAUGAUUCUGAAAAUAUCACAUGCCAAAAGACGACUGGACAUGUGGACUGUAUACGUUUAAAUCCAGUAUGUAUUGUAGCAGUAUGUAAAAUUCCCCGUUAAUGACCCUACAGCAAAAUUUAAUCAAAGUGUUACCCAUGCACAGAACUGUACAAUGCAAUUUUGCAAAAGAUUAAAAAAAAAUAAACGUUUCCAGAAUUAA